AUGUCACUUAUUGCAUCCCUAUACGCCACAUAUCGAGUAUAUAUGCUUCGAAUGUUCAUUUGUGAAGUUGAACGUUAUGUCGUCGAUGUUUUAGAUGAGGCCCUUCAAAUUUUAUUACCAAUGGGUAUUUGUCACGCAAUUUGCAAUGCGAAUUUGUCGACGGCUAACUUCACAAUGAAGUCUCACUUUGCUGAAAUCACUCGACAAAAGGAGAAUCGAUAUCCGGAUGACGUUACAGUACCGCCUUCCGAUAUCGAAUUGCUUUACGACUUUUUUGGAGACGAAGAAGUUCGUGGAUCGCGUUCAAAGACAAUAUCAAUUAACGUUGGUGAUCAAAAACUUCUUCCAAACGCCAAACCAGCUGGUCCAGUAACAUCGCCACUUCAGAAGACCUUAACAGGAAUUAAAUCUGUUUUACAGGCAAAGAAGACUCCACAAACCGAAGAUGCUAAACGAGAACGAGCGCUUAAUAUUGAUACUAAGACAACAGAUAGUAUCGCAGAGGUGAAGAAAACUCAGAAAAGCGCCGAAACUACUACCUUGAAGACUGACGUACCCAAGACAAGACCAAAAUCUAAUAGAUAUCCUCCGGCCGAGUCGGAUGGUCUGACAAAAAGAAAAACUAUUGAAAAUUCGAGUAAGACUCAAAAUUCACUCAAUAUGAAUGCAAUUAAGAGCAAUAAUCAAAAUGAAUAUAAAAUGAAUGAACGAUUAGGAAUGUUUCAAUGCGCAGACUGUCUACAAUCACCUUAUGCCUUGUUUCCAACAGUUUGCGAACUUGAGGCCCACAUCGCCAGCGACCAUCUCAAUUUCUUCCCAUAUGAAUGCGAGAAAUGCCGUUACGCGAAAUUUCCAACUGAGUAUACUCUCAUCGCACAUUACAGAGGAGACCACGGAAUGACAGAAUUCGUCGUUAAAUAUCGCUAUAACGAAGAAGUUCCUCAAAAGAAGGAUAUUCUCAACAUGAAGUUACAAGCAUCGAUACAUAUUUCCAAAAAUAACGAAGCUAACAUAAACAGCGUUAUUAAAUACGAGCCAGAAUUGGAUCUUCCGCUUCCAGUAUCUUCUGCAAUGCCAACAUCUUCUAAUAUGUCACCAAUGCAAGUCCAAAAUCCAUCACUGCCUACGUCAUCUACAUACCUGUCGCCUAUUCAGAAUGAAAUAAUGGUUCCUGACGAAUAUUCGAAUUUGACAGUUGGAGAAGUUUUAAUGAAAAAGGCAGGACGAUUCAGUUCGAAAAAAGAUAUAUUGAAGAAACCCGGCAUUCGAUGCAAAAUGUGUGGUGAAACGGUUGCUAAUCAACGAUCAUCGAAAGUUUAUCAUGCUAACACAAGGCAUGGAAAGUUUGAAAUGUACAGAUGUACAAUUUGCGAUCGUACAUGGAACACGAUUGCUCGAUCGGACGUGACCAAGCAUGUGAAAUCGCAUCAUUCGAACAAAGAUGGAGUUAUCGAUAUGUCGGUCCUAAUCGACAACAGAAAAGCUGUGGCUGAUAAAUUGAAAAAAAUCACUGAAAAAUGUUUUCCUAGCGAGAAGAAAUAUCAACUAAUGGGAAUUAGCGAUGGUAAACCUGUUAUUGGAACAGUUGACUAUGAGGAAAACACUGCGCAGUCGGAAAAUUUAAAAGACGACGGACAAAAUCUCUAUGACGAAGACGAUACCGAAGAAAAUUUCGCAAUUGUUGAAUAA